UUUUCCAGUCAAGAUGAAGAAUCUCUCAGUAUAUAACAUGCACCACCAUCGUGUUCCUCUCCUUGUGAAAAUUCUAGCUCCUUUUACGUCUUUGAAGCUUGAUGUGCGUGUAUAUCCAUAGCCAAGUGAUCUUUAUAUAUGUUAUCAGAUAUGUCUGUUUUAUGAAAUGAUGGAGGAUGAUGAUCCGAUAUCGUGUGAUGUUUUAGUUCAAGGACACAUGAAGAAGAAGGGAGGCGGCGGAGGGCCGGCGCCGUUCUUGGUGAAGACGCACCGGAUGGUGGAGGACGAGGCGACGGACGAGGUGAUCUCGUGGGGGGCGAAGGGGACGUCGUUCGUGGUGUGGAAUCCGGGGGAGUUCGCCAGAGCACUGCUGCCCGUCAGCUUCAAGCACAGCAACUUCUCCAGCUUCGUCCGGCAGCUCAACACAUACCAGGGUUUCCGUAAGGUGGUGCCGGAUAAGUGGGAGUUCGCAAACGACAACUUCCGGAGAGGAGAGGAGAGGCUCCUCUGCCACAUCCGCCGGCGAAAGGCUAAAUAUCACAAAAGCAGCGCCCGCCUUCGUCCUACCUUAUCAACCUCCCACGAAGUCCACAGCUCCUCUUCUGCCUCCUCGUUUCCGCCACCUGAUCGUCGCGAUCACCUUCUGGAGCUCGCCGGCGAGAACGAGAAGCUAAGGAGCGACAACUACAUCCUCAGCUCCGAGCUCGCCGGGGCCAAGAGCCAGUGCCGCCAGAUGCUCGGCUGCCUCUCCGGCUUCGUGGACUUGAGCCAACUCGACUUCAGUGCUCUGAUACAGCAAAAUUCUACAGAAACAGAGGAUCAUAAGAGUAAAGCGGCAGCAGGAAAAGAAGGGCUCAAGCUUUUUGGGAAGUUCCUGGAGAGAGGAAGGAGCGAGGAGGGAGUUGAUGUGCGUGAGACUGGCGUCGGUGAGCGGUCCAUGAAGACGGGCUUUGGCUCGCCGUGGAUAGGGGUGUCGGCCACGGUUCAACACGCCGGCGGCAAGGUCUGCAACUGAACCAACUUGUGCCAGUCCUGGUAGUAAAACAUGCAUCGAUUCAAGUGUUAAUAGAGUUCCGAUGGCAAGAACAUAGCGUCGUGUGUUUUCCAUGUGAAAGGCGAUCGAUCAAGCAUUUCUCUUUUGGUGUGGAAUUCAUAGAAUCUGACACGAACAAUAUAAACGAAUUUGCAUCUCA